UCAUCUUCUUCCUCAACCUAUCCCUCUCUGACUCCCUCGAUCGGCAACAACAGCGACAGCGAGGCCCACAGCCACAACACAGUGGUCAGUGGCACGCGAUCAGCAUUCAGCAGAUUGCCUCGCCUCAGGCUCACUAUCUAUCUUCUACAGUAUGAUUUGAUUUGUGCCCGACCUCCUUACAAUCGCUAAAUACAAGAGCCACAGCGCCCCGCCGCAGCCCUAGCCACAGCGCCCCGCCGCUGCCGCCUCUCCCGUCUCGACCCGCUAGUUCCUCGCCCCCACCCCACCCCCUCUGGUCCGUUCUCCGCCGCCGCCUGUCUCCUUCCCGGAACCAACUCCAACUCCAACUCGGAAACAGACUCGUGCUCCCGUCUUCCCGGAACCAACUCCGAUUCCGAACCAACUCCGCCGCCUGUCUCCUUCCCGUCCGCGACUUGGUUUCGAGUUUGUAGGAUGUCUAAGCGACGACGCCAGGGCGAGGAGGGUCAGGCCAACUGCCAUGACCGCAGCGGCAACAAGCACGAGAAGAGCCUCUAUCUGGUUCUAGAUGACUGGCACAGGGGCUUCACCAUCCGCAAGCUUGACGCCGACAGCCCUGACGUAAGCAACCCCCCUGUCGUCCGGCUAGUGUCACCUGCGCGUGACCUUCCCAUGGACUUUGCAGCACUGGGCGGCAACAUCAUAGCUACUAGCAACCAAUAUACUGCAACCGUGGUCUUCGACACGGAAACUGACGCUCUGGCCAUGGGCAAUCCCCUCCCUGAUUCACUCCUUGAUGCGGCCAACUACUUUUUCACCGCCGGUGACGUGCUGUUUGCGUUUGCCUACUACUUCAUGAGGCGGCCUCACUCCUUUCAAGUCCUGACCGCCACCAAGGAUGACAUGAACACUUUGUGCCCAAGCACUGACUGGUCCUGGAAAAGCAUGCCGGCACCCUUCGCUAAGGAUGAAAAGAUCGAAUCCUACGCCCUUCACCCGGACGGACACACCAUGUUUGUGUCUUCGUACAUCAACGAAAUCAACCGUGGCACCUUCUCCUUUGACACCAAGACCAGUGAGUGGAGGCGCCAUGGGGAAUGGAUGUUCCCUUUCGUGCUUGAAGGCUUCUUCGACGCCGACCUAGAUGCAUGGGUUGGGCUACACCCAGAUGGCUACAUCUGCUCCUGCCAAGUUCCCUCCCUCAGCAAUAGCAGCAGCACAUUGCAGCAGCCCAACUGGAAGAUGGCCAAGGAGCACAGGAUGUGGAACCCAUACCAUCAGCUGGCUAGAGGGCGAGGGCCUACUCUCACCUACAUGGGCAACUCCAGAUUUUUCCUUGUUGAUUGCGUGGCGGCCGAUGGUUUAGAGUUCCAGGAUGCUUUUGGUGACUCUCGUGGCUGCGUGCUCAACAUGACCACGUUUCGUCUCAGGUACGAUAGUGAGGGAAAUCUGCGAAUCAAAGACAGGGACACUACCUCUUGUCGUGUGUCUAAGCAACUCUCGACGUUCUCCCCCGUGGCGUUCUGGAUGUAGCUACAGCAAAGGAAACUGCUCAUGCUGUUUUUAUUUAUUUAGCUGUAUGUCAGCUAUGUUCAUCAUCCCAUCUGUAAAUUACUCCCUCCAUUUUUCUAUAUACAAGGCCACUUUGUAAAUUGGGUCCAACUUUGACCAUCGAUUUGAGCAACAAAUAUAUGUUAUACUCCACGCAAAGUACGGGCAUAUAACAUAUAAUUUUGUUGCUCAAAUUGAUGAUCAAAGUUAAGCCCAAAUUAUGAAAUGGCCUUUAGAAAAGAGAGGGAGUAUGAUUUGAAUUAAUAAAAAGCAAACCGUUUAUUGUGUGGAACCUUUUGGAGCUCUUAAUUGUUAAUUCUGCAAAUGCAGAAACCGAGUUUCAGCAACUUUAUGUUAAUUUCUGUAAUAAUAAAUAUAGAUGUGAGUUGGAAUCUAAA